GAUCAGAGCCAGCUUGACAUCGCCGGGCUGAACCUCAAUGACGACGAGCCGCUAGAGGCGAUCCCGGACGAGCCUGCGAAGACCCCGGCGGUGAUAGAGAAGUUGAUUGUGGAGGCGAAGGCAGCGUUGGCGGUGCAAGAGAAGAGCGAGAAGAAGUCGCUGAGUAUGGUCGUCGUUGGCCACGUCGACGCGGGGAAGUCCACGAUGAUGGGCCGACUGUUGUAUGAGCUCGGCCGGGUGGAUGAGAAGCAGCGGUACGCGAAUGAGCGCGAGAGCGCGAAGAUUGGCAAGAGCAGCUUCAGUUGGGCGUGGGGGCUCGACGGGACGCAAGAAGAACGCGAACGGGGAAUCACCAUGGACAUCGCUCUGCAGACCCUGACCACACCGCACCGCGUCAUCACCAUCCUCGAUGCUCCUGGUCACAAGGAUUUCAUCCCGAACAUGAUCUCCGGCGCCUCUCAAGCCGACUCGGCGCUGCUCGUCGUCGACGCUGCCGUCGGGGAAUUCGAGGCCGGCUUCGACCGUGGCGGCCAGACGCGUGAGCACCUCAUCCUCGUCCGCAGCCUCGGCGUUGCGCAGGUCGUUGUUGCCGUGAACAAGCUCGACCAGGUCGAAUGGUCCCGCGCGCGGUACGUCGAGAUUUGCGAGCUCCUGAAGCCGUUCCUCGCCCAGUCGGGCUUCCACCCCAGCAAAACCAAGUUCGUGCCUGUUGCUGCUAUGACGGGCGUGAACCUUGCACAGGCGGAGCCGAAGGGCUCGCCCCUGUUCGAGUGGUACAAGGGGCCGACGCUGGUGGAUCUACUUGACGCCCUCGAACCGCCAACACGCGACAUCAACGCCCCUCUGCGCUUCCCCAUCUCCAACGUCUUCAAGGGCACGCUCUCCGGCAUCGCGGUCUCGGGACGCAUGUGCGGCGGGGUCGUGGUUGUUGGGGAGCGCUUGCGCAUCGUACCCGGGGACGACUCUGCUACCGUCAAGGCCAUCGACAGCGACGGCGACAGCAUGCAAUGGGCGGGUUCCGGCGCGAACGUGAACCUGACCCUCACCGGCGUGGAUCCCGUCGCGCUCGGGAUUGGGAGUGUGCUGUGCCGGCCCACGGACGUCAUCCCGCUCGCGACGGCGUUCACCGCGAAGAUAAUCGUGUUCGAGAUCCAGAUCCCUAUCACUAUCGGUACUCCUGUCGAGCUCUUCCACCAUUCGCGCGACGUACCGGCUUCGUUCACUCGACUUGUAUCCGUCUUGGACCGGGCGAACGGGAGUGUGGUGAAGAGUAAACCCAGGUUCCUGACUAAAGGCAUGUCUGCUGAGGUGGAAAUCACCAUCCGAGAGGCAGGCUAUCUGGGGUCUUCCGCGCGGGCGGUGUCCAUUCCCAUUGAACCAUUCUCGGUUAACAAGGACAUGGGCCGUAUUCUCAUUCGUAGGGGUGGAGAGACGAUCGGAGCAGGUGUGUAA